AUGAUGGACGCCUCACUGCCAGCCGAUCAGAGCGGCCUUUCCGAUCUUUCGGCAGCAUCAAUAUCCAGCAUAGACCCUUACCUCGGUCCAACAUCACCGAUACUCGACCAGCGACCUCCAUCACCCACUAUCUCAGCACGACAAACCACAUUUCAGCUCGACCCAGCAACACGUAUGCCAAGCACAUUUCCAGCCGCCUUCACUCCCUCCCCCGCUCCAAGCUGCACCAAAGCCCCCCUCAGUUCAGCUCCAGCAUGGACUCCGAGCCCAGACGCAUCCGGGUCUCGAUCCAGCACACGUAAUCCCUCCAGUCACAGAGCAUCUCCACGGAAUGUCGCAAACGAAAGUGUUGGCUCCAGUUUGGGGACCUUCGACUACAGCAACACAUCUUUCAGCGAGAGCUUCUUACGUCAGGCUGGAGCGCACAUGUUAGCUGGUCUGGAUGAAACAGAACAGCAAGCACCAGCAUCUACGUCGCCCAGAUACAAGACUUCGAGUUCCCCGACGGUGACAGUUAGACCGGUGAGGGUAGAGGCGGAUCCCAGGACACCGUUUACGGGAAAGAGCUUGAGGACUAGGAUGGCGGAGGCGGGGAUGAUGGAUAGUCCUGCUUCUUCUGAUGGGAGUAGUAGUGUUGGGUUUAGUCCUAGUGUGAGUGCGAGGAUGGUUGCUGAGUCACGGAUGGAGCCAUUUUCGAAGGAGGGGGGUGAUGGAUGGGAACAGGAAGAGGAGAGGGAGAAGGAGGGAGCGUGGCCAGAUUCACCAAAGGUAGAAGGGCAAGUUAUGGUCGGGUCUUCGUCGAGGCCAAAUCCGGAUCGAUCGGUUGAUGUCGAGUCGCAGUGUCGACAAGAAGGGCCAUGGGGCGGCGAGAGCGCGAGAGACCAGCUGGAGGAGGAAGAGAGGGAAGAAUGGCAAGAAGGACUAUCGAUGGUCCUCGAAGAGUCUUAUGUGGAGGACGCUUCUCAGCUGCCAUCCUCUCCUCUUCUGCAACCCAACAUCUCUCAAGCAUCGGUCAAGUCUGUCGAUCGAGCAAGCCCGUCAGUAACGCGAUCUCAAGCUAUAGCUUCGCGAGAUGUACCUUCAACACCAUCUUCUCCGGCGUCGGAACAGGAUCGUUCAUCCCCUGCUUCCUACAUCGCACCAUCACAACGUGAGACAGACCCUGAGCCGCCGUCACCUGCACCGCACGAAGCACCCAGUCAACCCAUCAAAGGUCAGAACAGUGCAUCGGCAUCACCAUCAUCCGUCAGCUCACCUCAAACAAAGCCUUCCACUCCAACCACACCACAAUCGCUACCACGAACAACACACACCCCACGAUCCUUCGCAAGACUACGCAUGGUUACCCCUGCUCGCUCUUCCCCUUUAUCUCGGAUAGUCAACUUUACGCCUUCCUCUGCUGGGUCUACUUCGAAUUGGCACAGUCCUGCAAGCCAACGCAGCGGAGGCUCGCCGGAGAAAGGUGUUGAUUACCCUACAGAAGGGGAGAAGUCGAUGACAUCUUCGCAACAAGCAGGACUUUGGAAGGGGGCAGAUACAUCAGAGAACUUACAUGACGAGGUUGCAGUUCAAGAGGCAUUAAUGGACGACGAGGGUAAGCAGCCUAAGGCCAUCCCACAGACACCGAGAGACAGCAAACCAACCGAUCAGGCAGCAGCACCAGGUACACCAUCGAAAUUCUGGUCACCAGCAACGUCAGCUUCUUUUGCAACUCCUGCUUCGUAUCAUUCCUUAGUGGGGGCUUCUGCACCUGUCACACCUGCCGAAACUUUCGCAUCGCCAGCAUCUGCAGCUUUCGGUACGCCGCAGCCCGUCCCCUCACCAACACCAGCUGCUACACCAGCAGAAGCGAAGAGAGAAACAGAGCAGCCUCAGCAAGACAUUAACCAACUUCAGACGCACGAGGAAGAAGAAGAACCGCUGUCCUCAUCAUCUUGUGGUUCGUCCACAUCCUCUUCCAGUCAUAAACAACAAGGCGAUCUCUCGACAGCUUCCGCUGCCUCUCGACCCGCUUCUCCUUCACCCAGCACCGACAAGGAAUCUCGUCCCGAUUUCGCGCUCGCCUCGCAACACGACUCGCCCUCCGCUGCUAGAUUCUCGCGCUUACAGCUAUCCCGUCUCCCUAACCACACCUCCCUUACUAUCCCAGCCGCCCUCGCCUCGGCCUCGGAGCUAGCUACGGUAGCCAGCGCAUUCGAUAGCUUCACCAAUCUCGCCGAAACCCGUGUUUCUCGCCUCCUAACCCAACUCAGUGCAUCCACUGCGAGAGUUGCCGAGCUUGAAGAAGCGCUCGAAUCCCACGAACACCACACCGCAGAGGUAGACCAGUUACGGUUGACCCUAAGUGGGCUAUCGGCGCAGUACGAAGAGUUGGUGGAAGAGGCUGAUCGGAAGGAUAGAGAGAUGGUGGUGUUAGUGAGGAAGUUGAAGGAUCAGUUGAAGUUGAGGACAGAUGGGGGCAGGGUGGAAGAGUUGGAGAGGCAAUUGGAGGAAGAGAGGAGGUUGAGGGAAGUCGAGAGACGGGAUUAUGCGGUAAGGAUACAGGGUGUCCUUUCUGGUCAGACUGCUUCAGCAACAGCUCAAAACGACGUAAUGGAGACUGAAGCUGGGAGGAAAGAGGUAGAACGAGCAGUUGAACAGGCGAAAGAACAAGUGAGAUUGACGCUAGAGAAAGAUUUCGAGAUCAGGCGGGCUAUGGAGCAACGUGAACUUCAAAAGCGUAUCUCUGAGCUCGAACUUCAACUUGCACCCAAGACCGACGCAAAGAGGGAGAAAGAGGAGUUGCAAGCCCAAGUCGAACAGCUGACCUCUGACUUGGAUCGUCGGUUUGAACAACUUUCCGAUCUUCAAGAGGAACUUGAUGAAGCAACGCGGCUCAAACAGGAGGCGAUAGAGAGGGCUCAGCUGCUGGAAGAGAAAUUGGCUGUCGCUAACAAUCGCUCCCACAGUAGCGGGCAGGAGGAGAAAGAGGAGCUGGAAGCAGAGCUCAACACUCUUCGCGAAACACUGGAAGAACAAGAAGAGAAGAUCUUGCACCUGGAGGAGACUCUAGCUCUGACUAGUAACCGGGUCUCUGCACUUAUUGUUGAGGUCGAAACUCUCACCAAUCAGCAUUUGGAGACGCAGAACUCCCUCUCAACUUCUCAAGCUAGGGUUGCCGAGCUAGAAUCACACAUCCUACGACUCAAAUCACAACUUCGGACCCCAUCAACACCGCAGACUCCACAAGUCAAGCCAGCAAACGAGUCCGGAACAAGUGUCACGCCAGCAGCUGACAGAGUCAAGAGACUAGAACACCAACUAGCAGACUCAAACUUGGAAAUCCUCAAACUCACUCGCGCCAACGAUGCACUACAAGAAGACAACAUCAACUUUAGCAUUGCUCUGUCGGCUAAACAGUUAGAAUUGGGGAUGGUGAAGAGAAAUGCUCGGUUUGCAUUGAAGAAUGCUCAAGCCCAAGCCCAGGGGAAUGUUUCGAUGGGUUUGCCGGUGAGUAAGGCACAGCCGGCGGUGAAAGAGAGGAAGGAAGAGAAGAGAGAGAUCGAUUUUCCGAUCGCACCAAAGGGUGAGAUUGAGGAGAAGAGGGGAGAUGAUAAGGAGAACCAACAGCCGCAGCAAAAUGCACAGUUAAGGGAGGUAAAUUCGGCUAGACAGCACGCCAGACAGUUAUUGGCUGCGCGACGUGCUAAUGGCGCCGUCACUGCUGGUGAUGGUGGACAGGAGAGAAGACAGAGACUUGCGCUCGCAGCCUGA